AUGCGCGUUCUGUUAGGCCACCGCGCCAUCCCACCCGACCACGAAAGAUCGCCUUCCCCUGCACCUCAGCCAAAAAACCAGUCAUCCAACCGCCAACGUUGCCAGGUUGGCGCCCAGGUGCUCCUGCUCAAGAACCAAAAGGACAGGGCGCUGGUCAACGGCAGCAGGGGGGUGGUGGAGGCGUUUGUGAGCGUGGAGGACGCGCGGCAGCGCGCAGAGGCGCUGAAGCGCGAGUUGGAGGUUCUGGCAGCGACCGGGGACGAGCGGCGCUACGCGGCGGUCAAAGCGAGGGAGGGCCUUGGCGCUGAGUCAGCGGGGCCCGCGCUGGAGCAGGCGGCUGCCCACCUGGAGGCGCUGAAGGCCUGCAAGGCAAGGCUCGGCCCAGGAGGCGUGCCUUUCCUGCCGGUGGUGCGUUUCCUCAACGGCAUCCGGCGCGACAUAGUGCCAGAGACCUUUUCCGCGGAGGUGCAGCACUGGGGCACUGCGACGCGCGUGCAGGUCCCCCUGAAGCUGGCCUGGGCGGUCACCAUCCACAAGAGCCAGGGCAUGACCCUGGAUUAUGCACAGGUGGUGGGGGGGUCAGGUUCCAGGUGGUUCAGGGUUCAGGGCUACGGGCUCAGGGAAGCGAUUCGCCGCCCAGGGGCGGGCGAGGGCUCGGUGUCGCUCAAGGGGCUCUUCGCCAACGGUCAGGCCUACGUGGCGCUCAGCAGGUGCCGCAGCCUCGAGGGGCUCCAAGUAGUCGACUUUCAGGGCCAAGUUUGCAUCAAAGCGGACCCUCUGGUCGGGCAGUUCUACAGCGCGCUGCGCGCGGGCCGCGCCUGGGAGGACAGUUUGGACUGCUGGCGCCGCUGGCAGGCGGUGCACCCCAUGCCGCCCGAGGCCCGGGGCGGCCUGCAGAACCAGCCGGGGCUGCUGGAGGGCUACGACGGCGCGCCUGGGGGCGCAGGCGCGGGCGCGGCAGGGCCUGCGGCGCCCGCGGGCGGGGCCAGCGGCGGCGGCGGCGGUGGGGCGCAGUGGGGCGCGCCGCAGGCGGCGUUUGGCGGCAGCGCACAGGCGGCGUCCAACAGGGGCGGGGGCCGGGGCGGCGGCUUUGGCGGCGGCGGCAGGUUUGGCAGCGUGGGCGCGAGAGGGACGGGCCCAGGCAGGGGCGGCGCCGCGGGCGGCGGCCGCGGCCGGGGCGCAGGGUUUGCACCCCCGGGCCGGACGGUGGGCAGGCGGCUGGGGGUGAUGAUCCUGCAGCAAGACGAGCGCGCGGCCAAGCGGCGGCGGGGGUAG